AUGAACACGUUAAAUGUCUUUGUGCGAAGGGGAAUCCUCCUGGGGACUUUCACUCAACCUCAGACGGCUGCUUCCUCCAUGGUCCAGCGUCGUCUGGAGUCCACAGAAGUUGUUGCAGGCGGUCGCGCUCCCUUCAGAGUGAAGCUGAAAUCUGGCAAACGCUACGCCUGGUGUGCAUGUGGACACAGCAAGAAACAGCCGUUCUGCGAUGGCACUCACCGGGCCAAAGCACCGAGCAUCGAGCCUCUCCGCUUCACUCCUGAGAAAGACCGGACCGUCCUCCUUUGUGCCUGUAAACAAACCAAGAACGGGCCCUACUGCGACGGCAGCCACUUCAAACUCAUCUUCAACGACGCGGUGAACUAUGUGAAGGGGGUUUUUAAGAGAUAG